CUUCUUCUUCUUCUCUGUUUCUCUCUCUCUCUGGAAGAAGAGGAAGAAGAAGAACCGAUAAUUCUGUUAUGGCGAUGGCAUUGGCUUCACUCGUUCUGUUGCUGUGCCUUUCACCGUUCUCACUCUCUCAGUCACAGUCAGAGCAGCUGAGACCGGACUACUACCAGACCACGUGCCCCAGAUUCGAGGAGAUAAUGCGGGACACCGUCACCACCAAGCAGAUCGCCUCCCCGACCACCGCCGCCGCCAUCCUCCGCCUCUUCUUCCACGAUUGCUUCGCCGGCGGCUGCGACGCCUCCGUCCUCAUCUCCUCCACCCCCUUCCACAAGGCCGAGCGCGACGCCGACAUCAACCUCUCCCUCCCCGGCGACGCUUUUGACCUCGUCGUCCGCGCCAAGACCGCCCUCGAGCUAGCCUGCCCCUCCGUCGUCUCCUGCUCCGACAUCCUCGCCGUUGCCUCCCGCGACCUCCUCACCAUGAUGGGCGGUCCCUUCUACCCCGUCCAGCUCGGCCGGAAGGACGCACUCGUCUCCGACCCCGCCCUCGCAGAAUCCACUCUUCCGAAGCCCACAAUGCCGAUGACUGAACUGAUCGAGAUUUUCGCUUCCAAAGGCUUCUCCGUGGAAGAAAUGGUGGCCUUGAACGGCGCCCACACGAUCGGCUUCUCUCACUGCGACCAAUUCAGCGCCGACCUCUCCCGGACCGACCCCACGUACAAUCCCACGUACGCCGACGGACUAAGAAGAGCGUGCGCCGAUUCCCGGCAGAACCCGUCGUUGUCGGUGUUCAACGACAUCAUGACGCCGAACAAGUUCGACAACAUGUACUUCCGAAACCUCCCGAAGGGUCUGGGUCUCUUGUCCUCGGAUCGGGUGCUGUACUCCGAUCGGCGGACGAGGCCUUUCGUGGAGGCGUACGCGGCGAACGAGACCGCGUUCUUCGAAGCAUUUCGUGGAGCGAUGGAAAAGCUGAGCAUCCUCGGCGUGAAAGCUGGGCAGCAAGGAGAGAUCAGGCGCCGGUGUGAUGCGUUUAAUUAACAAUCCUUCAAAGGGGUUGGUUUUGGUUUUGUGUGAUUGGUUUCUCUAAAUUGAUUCUUUUCACGAAUUAAGGUGAUAUUUUAAGCUCAAUAUACAUAGAAUUGCUUCGUCU